CCAUGUUUCGUGCCGUGAUAUUAGACAAGGAGUGUUGGAGAAAUAACAUGCGACUCGAUCCCAUAUCUGGAUUGGAUCCACCAAAUGUCAAAUUACGGGCUGCCCAAGGGUUGGACGCAGCGGAUUACUUGUUUCCUGGAUACUGGGUAUGGGGUAAAAUGAUACAAAACCUUGCGGCGAUUGGAUACGACUGUAAUAACAUGCACCUUGCUGCCUACGACUGGAGACUUUCGUUUUACAAUCUUGAGGUCAGGGACAAUUACUUCUCAAAACUUAAAUCUAACAUAGAAUUGUCGAAGAAAGCUACUGGGAAAAAGAGCGUUCUUGUUGGGCAUUCGAUGGGUACUUUGGUAACACUAUAUUUCUUCAAGUGGGUAGAAUCGCCUAACGGGGGUAUGGGAGGCAAGAGUUGGGUGAAUGAUUAUAUCGAAUCAUUUGUAAACAUCGGCGGACCUUUAUUGGGUGAAAUGCGUGACACCGUGGAACUGGGGGCCUUUGGAGUUUACGUUCUUGAAAAAUUCUUCUCAAAGAUUGAAAGAGCCGAUCUAUUUCGCACGUGGGGCGGUCUUUCUUCAAUGUUACCUAAAGGUGGGGAACUCUUGUGGGGGAAUGAGACUUAUGCGCCGGAUGAUUACGAAGGAUUGUUAGAAUCAUACGGCUCUAUGAUAAGUUUUCGUUCGUGUGAAAAUGGUAAAAACGAUAGCAAUAAUGAAAACACAACAUCACGGACUAUGCAAAAACACACGUGUAUUUCCGGUGUGGAUUUGUUGAAACGCAAUACGGACGAGACAUUCGGUGAAAUGUUGACGAGGAAUUACAGCUUUGGAAUUGCUAGAUCAAAAGAAGAUUUUAAAGAUCCUUUGGAUCACACCAAAUGGACCAAUCCACUCGAAUCCCAGCUACCAAAUGCACCAAAAAUGAAGAUAUUUUGUUUGUAUGGUUACGGUAAAGAAACCGAGAGAAAAUAUUUCUACAAUUCUGAACCGACCGACGAACAACCGGACAAAGAAAAAAAGCAUAGGCUGAGGAAUUUUUUAAAACAUGUAUUUAUCGAUAGCACCAUGAACUCAGACAAAGAUCCAAACUUAAAGAGCGGCGUGUACAACGGAGAAGGAGAUGGCACGGUACCCUUGUUGUCCUUGGGUUACAUGUGUACGACGGGAUGGAGGAAUCCACUUUAUAACCCGGCGGGAAUUAAAGUCAUCACUCGGGAAUUUGAGCAUGAAACUGCACCAUCUCUCGAUCUUCGUGGUGGUACUAAAACGGCGGAUCACGUUGAUAUUCUAGGAAAUUAUGCGCUCACCGUAAGUGAACUUGAGAAUGCACACAAUUAA